GCCAUGACAUGACAGACAAGCUCGCGGUGGAAACGCGCGCACAGUAUAUGUUUGACAGCUUAACCUCCGCAAAGCCAUCAUCGACGACAACGUCUUUAUAGAGCUCUUUAUGCAAGAUCAAGUCAUCCGCACUCUGUCUCCCGCACAAUUGGACCAUUAUCGGAAGCCGUUCCUUGAUCCCGCAAACCGCGAGUCUAUUUACGAGAUGGCCAAGAUAUUCCCCGUUGCUGGUAACCCUGCAGAGGUCUACCAAGCUGUGGAGAAUUAUAAUUCCUGGCUGCUUGAGAAUGAAAUUCCAAAGUUUUUCUUCUGGGCAGAUCCUGGCAAAAUCAUACCACUGGAGUUGUCUAAGUACUAUUCGGAGAAUCUGAAGAAUGUCAAGAGUGUACCAGUGGGCCACGAAAAGCACUACUUACAGGAGGACCACCCUCAUUUGAUCGGGUGCGAGAUCAAGGUAUGGCUAGAGACGGCUGGAAUUUCGGAUGAAAAGAAAUAGGGGAAAUGAAACGAGCCAG